AUUUUAACGAAUGUCAUUCAACAUUUCAUUGAAUGAUAUAUUCUAACAAAAUAUGUAUCAUCUGCAUACUUUUAUUUAUAUAAUUUCAAAGGAAUAUUUAUAUAUAAGAUCAAAGUACACAAAAAUCUAAGCUUCAAGUGGGUCCAUAAGAAUAAUAUCUGUUAUUCAUAUGUUCUAUUGAAAAAAUUAAACAACAUCAAUUAUGCCAAUAAUAUAAAAUAUAAUAUUUGUACAAAAAAUAUUGUCAAAUUUUUAAUCCAUACUCAUGUGAAUGGAUAUAAAUACUCAUUUUGUAAAUAGGAACAAAACAAAAUAAAUAUAGACCAAAUAAAUCCAAGAUAGUUCUUAAACUAUAAAGCGAAAAAAAACAUGGAAUUUAUUUAUUACAAACAAUAUUUUAUGCUUCUUACAUUAUUUAUUGGAUUCCUAUAUGAUACAGUUGCGAUUGGUUGUAAUUCACGUCUACUCGCAGAUCGUAUUUUGGUCCCUGAUACUUCAUUUCAACAUUCGAGUGCUGCUACUUUACAACAUGGAGCUUCUGCUGCUCGUGAAGACCCAAACGAUCUAAAUCUCCAAGAACGUGCAUGGUGUCCAGAUGCUAAGGUUGGCAAAGAACUCCGUGAAUUUAUGGAAAUUGAUUUAGGUCGUCAAAGUAUUAUCAAGUUAAUCAUAACAAAAGGUCGAGUAGCUCAAAGUAAAGGUAGACAAACAACACCUUACUUUUAUGUAAAAUAUCGACGUGAAUUAACUGCCACAUGGUUUGAUUAUGAAAAAGAAAAUGGUACAAAACGCCUUGCUGGUAACCAGGAUGCCAUGACAGAAAAUUUUAAUACAAUGGAUCCACCAUUUGUAGCACGUUAUAUACGUAUUUAUCCAUACAGUUUAGAACCAACCAAAACUUGUUUAAAAUUAGAAUUGUUAGGCUGUGAAGCAAAUGGCAUUUUAGAAUACAAGGCACCUGAAGGAGCAUUGUUGCCUGAAACUAUUUCUCCUUCUUAUCAACACUAUAAUAACAAUCCAUCAAAUGAACGUACACGUUUAUUAGAUACAACGUAUGAUUCAAAAUCACAUAAAUUUCGUUUAUUUGAUGACAUACAACAAGAUUUUAUUCACGAUAAAUCAUAUGAAACAAUCAUAGAAGGUGGUUUAGGGAAAUUAACUGAUAAUGAUACAGAAUUUAAAACAAGUACUAGCCCUUUCUCAAGUCAUAAAUUUAUUGGUUGGAGAAGGAAAUUAUCCACAGGACCGUUAAGUAUGACAUUAUCAAAUCAAUCAUUUGUGAAUACUUUAACCUCAAAUCAUAAUGCAGAAAUGGAAUCAGAUUUUCUUCGUAUAAUUUUUCGAUUUGAUAUGAUAUAUAAUUUCUCGUCAAUACGGAUAUAUGUGUCAAAUGAUUUUUUAGUUGGUUUAACAAUACCACGAAAUAUCACAGUUGGAUUUAGUUUCCAUGAUCCAUCUCUUUAUUACUAUUAUCAUUAUGGUCAAAGUAGACAGCAGAAAAGUGAUCAGCGACAAGAACAACAUAAAGAAGAAAACCCAUGGUCAUCAUCCAUUCUUUAUCAGUUAACACCAGAUAAACAAAACACUGAUUCUCGUUGGAUUGUACUACCAAUACAUGAGGCGACCAGAUCGAAUUAUGCAAUACAAGCAAUCACAAAACAAGUAUCCCAUAAUCCAGGACAGUUAAUACAGAAUAAUAGUGAUGUAGAACAGUUGAACAUAUUCGGAUUAGGACAAUUUGUAGAGAUAAGAAUAUUUUUCAAUAGUCAGUGGUUGGCUAUUGGUGAAAUUUUAUUUGAAAAUUUAAGAAUGCCUCAUUUAAAAUUUCAACCUGAAAGAAAUGAUCCUAAUGAAUCAAAUCAUCAAGAAUUUCGAUUAACAUCUACAAGUCUUCCAUAUUUACUAAAUGAACACUCUUCAACAUUAAAUAAUCCAUUGGGACAAACAACAACUUAUGUACUUGCAAUAAUUUGUAGUCUUUUAGUAAUAUUAAUAUGUUUCGGUUUAUUCUGUUUAUUUUGUGUUUGGGGACGUGAACGUUUACAUGUAACAUUUCGUCAUAAAUUUAAUAGAAAAAAUAAACGAUUUAGUGAUUCUACACAAUUUGAUUCAAAUCCAAGUGUAAAUAAUAAAACAAACGCUCAAAAUGUAUCAUUAUUAACAGAACAAUUAAAAAUAAAUAAUCUUAUGAAUAAUGUAGUAGUUACAACAACAAAUGAUACAAUCGGAGAUAUACAAUAUCAAUUUCAACAUCCUCAAAGAUGUCAAGAAUCAACUAUAAGACUACCUAGUACAACGGCUUAUUUAGGUGGAUUUCAAUAUUUAACAAGUAAUGGAAUAGCACCAAUUAGUAUUAAUUUAACUACAAAUUCAUUACAUCAACCAUUUCAACCAGUUGGACUAGAUAAUAAUAAUCAUCAUAAUUAUCCUGCACAUAUUAAUUCAAAUAAUCUAUUUGGUUCAUUAUCGAACGAACGUAGUGCUAAUUUAAUAACAACUAGCAUUCCCGGUACAAAAUCAUUUGAUCUGAAAGAUUCACUACCAGUUGUAUCACUUAUGACCCAAAAUUUUAUUCCCGCUGGAUCUAUGACUCCACAUUUCCAUGGAACAUAUUUAAGAUCCGAUGAGAAUAUUUUAAAUAAUAUUAAUUAUCGUAAAGCAUGUCAUGAUAAUUCAAUUUAUACAAGUCUACCUGGAUCCGAUUGUGAUUCUCAACCGUAUGCAAAAGUGGACACAGUAAACAAUACAUUGAUGCAACAAUUUCAAUCAAAUAAUUCUAGUAUAGAUCUAUCACAACUUAAUAUUUCUUAUAAUCAUUGUAAUGGAGAUAAUCGUUUAUUUAAUCCAAUGAAUUUACCUCCACCACCAAGUCUUCCAUUACCUCCAACACCGGAACAUUUAACAACAACAAUCACAUCAACAAUAACAACAGUGUCAUCAAUAACAACUUGCUCACAAACAAUUCAUUUAAAUAAUAGAAAUGAAUUCAAUCAUGAUUCCAUGUCAAUAAAUAAAACUAAUAAUAACACACUUUUUACAUAUAAUUCUAAUGUAAACAAAUCUAUUCCAAAUAAUGAUAUAACUACAUGGUUAGAUUCGAAUGGACAAUUUAUUUCUAUAUCUAAUCCUUUAUUUGAUACCAGUUUAGGUGUAGAUCCAAUUAAUAUGAAUAAUAGAAAUAAUUUUCAAAAUUUUUCAGGAGUUCAAAAUUCGGAAUAUUCCAACUCAACAACCAAUGGUUCUAAUACUUAUAGUACUUACUAUGGUACUCCAAAUAUGCUUCCCAUAUCUGUCCCUACAGUUCAAAUGAUUACAAUUAAACGUUGAUAAACAAAAUUGAACUGAUUUGGUUACAAACUUAUGAAUUAUUAAAUGUUAGAUACAGAUUUUCUUUUUUUUUCUUUGUAAUCUAAUCGAAAAUUAUAACAAGUUUUCAUAAACCAAAGCGACAACACAAAAAGGGGUUUAUUUAUUGAAGUCAGUCGUAUCCUGAAAUUGAUUGAAUCAUCAAUGAAAUUCAAUAUUGUUCUAUGUAGUCAUUUCAAUCAAUUACCUUCAAAUGUAUUUCAAAUAAUGUUGUUGUACGAAGUUUUUCCGUGUUUUUUGUUUUGUUUGUCUUUUCUAAUAAUAGAAAAAGCUGAAAUUCAAUAUAUUUAUUUGUAAUAACUCCACAGGACUGUUCUUAUUCAUUGUGUACUUACAUUUGUCUCUUGAAUUAUUCAUGAUUGACAUAACAAUUAAUCUUAUUCCUUCUUGAAUCGAACAAAUUAUCACUACUGUACCAUAAUUAUUGGCUGUGAAUGUUUCCAGUCUUUUAUUUUCCAAAUGAAAACACAUCAUCACAUUUAAAUGUGAACCUCACUUCAAAAACAUUCUAAUGUUAUUAUUAUUGUUUCAUUUUUCCAAUCGGUUUCAUCUGUUAUUACUUUAUUAUUAUUUUUUUUCCAUUUUCAGGAUUCUUUAAUGUAUUCAUUGAAAUAUGUGUUCCUUUUUUGUUUAGAGAUGUAGUACAAUUAUGAAAAAAAUAUAAAUAUUCAAACAUCUUAACAGCUUUGUGUUUAUUUACUUUUUGUUUGUUUCCAUCCAUUCAUUCAAGCUUACACACAUACACACACACAACACAAACAAAUAUAUAAACAGUAUUCUUCUCAUAGAUAACUCAUGUUCAAUACAACUUAUCUAUGUUCACCUCAUGUACAAAAGAUUAUUAUUAUUACUAUUAUUACUACCAUUACUACUAUUGUUAUUAUACACGUACAUAUGAAUUGGAAACAAUAUACACUUGUAACCAUUGUACAAUUAAUUUGUGUAUAAUGAUUGUUUUAUUAAACUGAAAUAAAUAAACUAAGAUUCUGUGUUUUUUUUUAAAAAAAAAUUAUUUAGUUUUUAUCUUGGUUUUAUUCUUCUUUUUUUUAAAAAAAACUUAUGUAUCUAUUUAUAUUGAAAAGUUGUUUUUUCUUUUUAAUUUCUACUUCAUAACAUUGUGACUUACUCCUUUUUUUCUCUAUUAGUUUGUUUGUUUACGCUUUUUUGUUUUCAUGGAUAAAAGAUUGCAAAUAAUAAAUGUUUCAUAUCUCUUUUUGAACUGAUGUAUAUUGAUGUAAUUCAAGUUGUGAUAGAGUUUUGUGUGUGUGUGUGUAUGUGUUUAUUAAAAAAAAAAAGUAAAUGUUG